AUGAAUGCGGGAGUCCAGCAGGGCCUAUCCACACUUCUCCUUUGCUUCUCUGCAGGCAACUUCAAGGCUGGAGAUUUUGGGUGCAUCCUGAAGAAGCACUGCUCCAGUGAGCAGCAGUGCCUGGAGUGGCUGGCAUCUGAUGCCCUGCAGCCCUAUGUUCCUGCAUACUAUGGCCUGGUGGAGCAUGAUGGGAAGACCUACAUCCAGAUGGAGGACCUUUUGUCCAGCUUUGAUGCCCCUUCCAUCAUGGACUGCAAAAUAGGAGUCAGGACAUACCUUGAAGAGGAAUUGGAGAAGGCACGGGAGCAGCCCUGUCCACGCAGGGACAUGUAUGACAAGAUGGUGGCUGUGGACCCUACCGCCCCCACUCCGGAGGAGCAUGCCCAGCAUGCUGUCCUAAAGCCACGCUACAUGCAGUGGAGGGAGACACUCAGCUCCACCACCACCCUCGGGUUUCAGAUUGAAGGCAUCAAGAAAGCUGACGGCGCCUGCAGCACCGGCUUCAAGAAGACACGGCAGCCGGAGCAAGUGGUGCAGGCUGUCUGGGACUUCAUGGACCAUGACCGGUGCAUUCUGAUGAGCUACCUGGGACGCCUGAAGGACGUGAGACUGGCUCUGGAGCAGUCGGAGUUCUUCAAGGGACACGAGGUGGUGGGGAGCUCCCUGCUGUUUGUCCACAACCAUGCAGGGCUGGCGCGUGUCUGGAUGAUCGACUUUGGCAAGACAGUGCCCCUACCUGCAGAGCAGACACUGACCCACCGACUGCCCUGGGUGGAAGGGAACCACGAGGAUGGCUACCUGUGGGGACUGGACAAUCUUAUUGCCAUCCUGGAGAAGAUGCUGAAUGAAUGAACCAACCAUUUGGGCAGACUCUCCUUGGGCAGCUGGAGAUCAGAAUGGCACCACCCAGCCCGAUUCCUGUGCCUUGCCUUUAAUUUAUUCAUAGGGCACUGUGACUCAGAGGUGAGAUGAAGAAGAGACUCUGGUAGUGGCAUAAUUCCUGCCUGCAUUCCCACCUCUGCUGUGGGCACAGGAACUUUUGGAAAGAGACUUGGUUUGGCUCAGCCAGGGUUGUUGUAUCUAGAAGUUAUUUAUUGUGGGAGAAAGGAGUAGUCUGCCCCCCUACUUUGCUGUGGGUCUCUCGGUCUUCCCAGGCUGCUAUGCUGUGGAGAUAAAACACUUCCAGGGGCUUGUCUUGUAAACCUCUUCAUAUAAUUGGGCUUGUUCCUGGGUGUAGCUGGACGCAGCAGGGCUGCUCUUUUGACCUGGGGCUUUGGCUCGGAGGAGCAGAGCAACGAAAAAGGGUGGGGCUUAUUUAAUGCUAAUCAAAGUCCCCACCCACCUGAGCCCAAUUACAUGGGGUCAGGCUGUUUGGUUUGAUUGAGAGAAAGAUAAAGGGAACCUGUCUGCUCUCCUUCUCUCUUGCUUUUCCCCCCAAAUAAUUAUUUUUUAUAAUCACAGAAGCAGAAGAUGGUGAACCAGCCGCCCUACAAAAAAUUAAACAAUAGAGAAAGAAAUAAAGAAAAAUAGAAUGUCACCCUCAGUCCCCCAAACAUCUAUCCCAUUACAAACAGUAAAAGAAAGAAAAACAUGUUAGAGAUUUUAAAAAAGAAACAAAUAAAACUACACGACUCCCACAUGGCCUUAAUAAUUUAUACCAGCUUUCUAUUUUCAACUAAAAAAAUUCUGUCAUUUAUUUUGAUCUGAUUACAGAUAAGAAUCUGUAAUAAAAUAAAUGGCACAGAAAAUCCAUAAUCUGUUUUAUGCCAUUACCUCUGUAUCUAGAAUUCUGUUACUAUAUAUCCACGUGUAUGUAUUUUAUUUCUCUUCUAAAUAACCUCUGCUAUAUAUAUAUUGUAACUAAUUUCAAUAACUCCAUCAUAUUUUCUAAACCUCUAACUUUUCUAUCUUGAUAGGCUAUAUUUUAAAAGUCUUUUUUGUUCUUGCUGAUGAAUUUUCUUGCUUUUUGUACAUCAGAGAACUUCUGUUGAAGGUGAAAAACCUUCAGUACUCUCUCUUUCUUAUCUGGAUCCUUCCCCCACUCUGGGGGUUGUGAAGAUGACCAGAUGCUUGCAUCCCCCGCUUUAGGGGUCAGGCAUGAGCUCCUUUCUGACUCUUUCUAGAAAUGGCGGAUCCCCACGGAGCAACUGGGUUUGUGUGUGACCACUUUGACCUCAGCACCUUUUCAAAGCACCUCUUUGUGGUGUGAGUCUGUGGGGGGGCCUUAGUGAGAAGCAGUCUUCGGUGAUGGUGGGUAUUACGCUAACUCAACAUAAGACAAAAACAGAGCAACAACAAAUCCAGAGAGGUGGGGCUGGUAACUUGGAGCUUCUUGCUACAGUUGGGAAAAAAGUUAAUCCCCUUCCACCCCCUUUAAGAUCAGUUAGUCAGGUGGGUGAGCCUAACAGUCUCUUGUCACUUGAAGGUGUGGUUCAGCUUCUGUUUGGCUCUGCAUGGCUCUGUCAGAAUAGUUUGGAAACCCUGCCUUAGAUUUCCCAAGAAUGACUGUUUCUAAAACUGGAGGCUCUACUUUUGAGCUGAAGUCCAAGAUUUCAGAUUAUACAAGGUUCAAAUGUGUUUCCCAAUUUCCCUUCUUCCCUUCAACUGCAACAAAAAUAAUAAAAAUGCUCUUUCCUG